UAAUAUCAAUUUACUGUAACAUGUGUUAGGUCCUGGACGCCAAACGCGGCCUUGGGCUCUUCACUUCGUUUGUCUCCACUCGACGUUGAACCUCCCUCGUCCACCUCCUUGUCCCGCCGCCGCAGACUGUACAAGCCGACACGUUCGCGUACGCGCCAACCAUAACACCAUGCCUGGCGACCAAGACUCGUCAGAUUUAUCGUCGCUUUCAUCCUUGUCGCCGGCACCCUCAGAUGAUGAGAUCGAAAUCCCCGAGGAUGUCGACAAAGCUACGUCAAAGAAGGGCAUCCUGGGCUACUUCUCUAAGGUGUCCGAGCAAGCUCCAAAAGAACCCUCGCCACCGCCUCGGAAGCGAUCACCCUCGCCACCACACGAAUAUGUUCUCGCCGAUAACCCAGACAUUUCUUUCAUUGUGAUGUUUCGAAGCCGAUUCAACGACGCAUUUCCGAAGUCAUUGACCCAUUUCGGCCCUCAAGAGCUCGAGCGCGACGUUGUGCAGACGAUUCCCGGCGAUCGGGUCGAGAGUUUUCUAUGUGCCAUCCUUGGCCUGCUCCUGAACCGCAAGCAAGAUGUGAAACCUGGCCACUACGGUCGAGCACUUGAAGAUGCAAUUUCCACGCACAAGAGUCAGUGGCCGUCUCAAUGGGAGGGCAAGAACCCCCUCUCAGGCAACCGCAACUUCAACAGCAUGGAUCCAACAGAGAGGCUGACUUUGCUGCGAACCCUGAUACUCUGGUCGCUGUCAUCUUCGGAAACGGUCAAGGGCCUAAUAACUCAAUCUUACAAACAAAAUCGCCACGAGGACGAUCUCAACCAGCCGCGAUCAGUGCAGCCAUGGGGCACUGAUGGGGAGAAGAGGAGAUAUUUUCUGAUUGAAGGGCAAGACGAUACCGCUUUUCGGGUGUAUCGUGAAAGCAAUCCAGCGGGCACCCAACGAACCUGGUUUAGCGUCGCAGGCUCGAUCGAGGAGCUCGCAGCUCUUGCUGAUAAGCUGGAAAAAAAAGAUGGCGGUCCGAAGGCGAAGAGAUUUGCUUCUAAAAUCAUAGCGGCCUUGCCGCGAUUCGAGGCUGGAGAAGAGAAACGGAGACGCCGAGAUUACCGACAAGCCCAGAAGGAGCGCUUCAAACGACCAGAUCCAGGUUUCUCUAUGUACGAAGGUCGCACACGUGGUAAGAAAAUGCGAUAUACGUAUUCCGACGACGAGGAUAUGGGAUUCUCAGACUCAACCAACCGACGAUCCGCGCGUAAUACUGGUGCCAAUACGCCUGCAGAGCAAGGCCCUACCAUCACAGCAAGCGGGCGACAAAUCAAGGCCCCUAGCCGGCUCAACGUAGCCACUGGCGAGAGCGCAUCCAACAGCGUCAAGGGGGAUUCGGAGCACGAAGGUGAUUCACUUGGACCCACAGGUCGGCCGCGACGGUCUGCAGCAGCUCAUCAAACCUCGAACGACUGGACUGGAAGGGAAUCGCGGUCGCGCCGUGACACAUCCGCGGAUAGCGACGACGAGGAGACUGAAGCGGAAUUUGGCGACGAUGAGGAUGAACACGUGCCGGAGGGCUCUGAUGCGGAGGACGAUUUUGACGAAGACAUCGUCAUGGAGGACGAAGACUUGGACGACCAGCCGAGGAGCCUGGUGGUCAAGCUUUCCGUCACCCCGCCCAAGUUAAGGCACGCUCUUACAUCCGCAGAGCAAGCUCAUCAUCAGACCACGGACGGUAGCAUACCAAGCUUACAAAACGGACCGGACUCGGGUUCUGACGCUCAAGACGGAGAAACAGCCGUCCAAGAGAAACUCGACUCCAACCGAACGCCAGUGGAAACGAAGAGUGUAGAAGCACACGAGGGCGAGCGCGAUGAGCCAGUACGGCCCUCGAUGGCGACGGGUGAAAUCUCGGUCAAGCCCACCUCGGCUCAACAGCAAUUUCCUCAGCUGUCUGAAGAGGCAAAGCAGCAAAUGAUGACGGAUGAAGCGACACGGUUGGCGACUUCCUUGGCUUUUAGAGGGAGUCCUGAGAAGCCGCACCCCUCGGAGGCGAACGUUCCCAAUGGUCAUGUACAGGAUUAAGAGCACUUGUACGAAGCAACUUUGGUGAUUAGCUGGUGUUAGGAGUUCAACGCGGAAAAGGCAGGAGUUUUGUGAUUCUACUACACAAAGAGCUCUCGGAACAUUGUGGGAUACACCCAGUAUGAGCUGGCGCGGGCUGUAUCAUGGAGACGGCUAGGGCGACACGUCCGCUGCAUCACAACGUAACAACAUAGAGAUGAUAGCAUAUCGAAGAUUUCCCACGACACGACAAUUGUAUAGACAUCGCUUUCACAAAAAACAUU